AGGCAAGACUACCAACAUGGCUGGUGCUCUUCAGAAUGCGCGUGCGCUGAUCAAGUCCAUGGAGGAUGAGAAGGAGUCCGAGUACGGUAUCAUUCGGUCGGUGUCCGGCCCGGUGGUGGUGGCUGAGGAAAUGCACGGGGCGGCCAUGUACGAGCUCGUUCGUGUUGGUCACGACAAUCUGGUGGGAGAGAUCAUUCGGCUGGAGGGCGAUACGGCGACGAUUCAGGUGUACGAGGAGACGUCGGGCCUCACGGUCGGCGAUCCGAUCCUCAAGACUGGCAAGCCGCUCUCGGUCGAGCUCGGCCCGGGUAUCAUGGACAACAUCUUUGACGGCAUCCAGCGCCCGCUGGAGACGAUUGCAGAGAUGACGCAGUCGAUCUACAUUCCGCGCGGCGUCAACGUGCCCGGGCUCGACCGGCAGCGGCAGUGGGAGUUUUCGCUUGGCGACGGCAUCGCUGUCGGCUCGCACCUCACCGGCGGCGACAUCUACGGCUCGGUCUUUGAGUCGUCGCUCGUCAACCACAAGAUCAUGCUCCCGCCGCGGGCAAUGGGCACGGUGACGUACGUCGCCGAGCCGGGCUCGUACUCGCUCGAGGACGUGGUGCUCGAGCUCGAGUUUGAGGGCGAGACCAAGCAGUUUACCAUGAUGCACACGUGGCCGGUGCGUAACCCUCGCCCGGUGGCCGAAAAGCUCUCGGGCAACUCGCCGCUGCUGACCGGGCAGCGGGUGCUCGACGGCCUGUUCCCGGUCGUCCAGGGCGGGACCUGUGCCAUUCCUGGCGCUUUCGGCUGCGGCAAGACCGUUAUUUCGCAGGCGCUGUCCAAGUUUUCCAACUCGGACGUCAUCAUCUACGUCGGCUGCGGCGAGCGCGGCAACGAGAUGGCCGAGGUGCUCAAGGACUUCCCGGAGCUCAAGGCCAACUUUGCCGGAGUGGAGGAGUCGAUCAUGAAGCGGACUACGCUUGUGGCGAACACGUCGAACAUGCCAGUGGCAGCGCGUGAGGCAUCGAUCUACACCGGCAUCACGCUCUCAGAGUACUUCCGCGACCAGGGAUACAACGUGUCGAUGAUGGCCGACUCGACGUCGCGUUGGGCCGAGGCGCUGCGUGAGAUUUCGGGCCGGCUGGCGGAGAUGCCAGCCGACUCGGGGUACCCCGCCUACCUUGGGGCGCGGCUCGCGUCGUUCUACGAGCGCGGCGGGCGUGUCAACUGUCUGGGCUCGCCGUCGCGGACGGGCUCUGUCUCGAUUGUCGGCGCCGUCUCGCCGCCUGGCGGAGAUUUCUCCGAUCCGGUCACGUCGGCGACCCUUGCCAUUGUGCAGUGCUUCUGGGGCCUCGACAAGUCGCUUGCGCAGCGUAAGCACUUUCCCUCGGUCAACUGGACCAAGUCGUACUCCAACUACAAGGACGCGCUCGAGCCAUGGUAUGAGGCCAACUACCCCGACUUUGUUGCGCUCCGCGCCAAGGUCGGCAAGAUCCUGCAGCAGCAGGAGAAGCUCGCCCAGUACGUGCAGCUUGUCGGGCCCGACGCGCUUGGCGAGCCGGAGAAGAUUGUGCUCGAGGUUGCUCAGCUCAUCAUCGACGACUACCUGCAGCAGAACGGUUUCUCGACGUACGACCAGUUCUGCCCGUUCUACAAGACCGUGUGGAUGAUGCGCAACAUCGUGACCUUCCACGAUCUCGCGCAGAACGCCGUUGAGGCUUCGCGCGACUCGUCGUCCAAGGUUACUCUCUCGGCCAUCAAGGCCGCCAUGGGCGACACCAUCAUCUACGAGCUCACCCAGAUGAAGUUUGAGGAGCCGUCCGACGGCGAGGAGGUCGUCGUCGCCCGCCUCCAGGCGCUCAACGAGGCCAUCCAGGCCGCUUUCCGCGAUCUUCUGUACUAA